UUUAUAGUGUGAAGUAUGAAGCCUAUGGACUCGCUUACCGAAAAGAGACUCUAUAGGGAGACUCUGAGUGCGAUAGAGAAAGGGAGGUACCUAGAAAAAAUGAAAUUAAUUGACAACAAAGACCCGUACGAGGCAACAUUUGUAAAGGGAUUUUCUGACGAUAAAUCCUUACUGCCGACCAUCAGCUACCCUGACAUUGUGAAUUAUUUAAUAUUCACACCCAGCCCCUACUCCAAGGAUGAUCUAAAGGCCUACAAGAGUCUCAACUGCUAUGUGCAGGCCCAGUGUGGCUGGGUAUCUGAGGUGAAGGCUGCAGUUGUUGGAGACAGGCAUGUCGUGAUUGGAAAGGUUCUACAUUCCAUGCAUUUGAAGGAGAAGCCGCUCAACCCAUGGCUCAUCUCAGAGAAAAAUGGUGCAAUCUUGGCAUCCCACUGUGACUGCAUGGCUGGCUUAGGCGAAGUUUGUACACAUGUAGCUUCCCUGAUGUUCAGUAUAGAUGAAACUGUCCGUCUCCGUGAUGCUCGCACUAGAACAGAAGAUCCAAACUGGUGGAUCAUAUCUUCAGCUGUGAAGGGGGUCUCAUGCAGCAUGAUUAAAGACAUUGAUUUUACACCAAUGCAUUCCCUGAAGAGAAAGUAUGAGAAUGUGGGAGGAGAUAUGCUUUCCUAUCCGCAGUCGUCCACAACCCAGAAACAUCUGAAAGAUGUGCCAACACCAACAGAUGCAGAACUGAAUGGAUUCUUUUCAAAACUAAGUGCUACUGGGAGAAAUCCAGCCAUUUUGUCUGUAGUUAAAGAAUUCUCUGAUGACUAUGUACCGAAACAGGACAAAAUGGACAUCAUAUCUUGUUCUUAAUAUUAGCUUGUUUUUUUAGUGUGGUUUUAGUGUUUAAAUAUAACUGAUUAACACAUUAUUUCCAUCAAUCCAUAAUUUCAACAGUCGGGCCAGGCGCUGUGCAAUGCAGAACGUUUGCAGCAUUGGAUGUGGUGGUGUUUACCUUGAUGAAAAUAGAGCAGAACUUUGUUUAACCUGUACUUCCUUCAACAUGUGCAUCAAGGUGAUUGAUCCGGAGUGACAGUCCUUUGUACAUGACAACUUCAGAGAAUAUUACAGAAUUGACAUUAACAAGGCCAUACUUGCCCUAGACCAUCUCCACCAAAGCAUUGAACAAACUUAACAAGUUAUUUUACUUUUUUAAGCUGUUAGUUUUGACUUCUAUUCUUGUAUCAGAAAUUAGUUAAAAUGUUAUUUCUGCUCUGAUUACGUAUAGUAUACGUGUGUUGACCAGGCAGCUUUUUUGUACAGGAAGCUAAAAACCUCUCCUUUUUUAUCAGCAAAUUGCAAUAACAUAUCGUCGCUUUCGGACGUAAAUGGCGUAACUCAAUUUUGGCGCUAAAAGGACUUAUCUCACGAAUCCAUUCAUAAUAUAAGACCGCGUCCCGUACGAAAAUAGCGAAUCUCUUAACCAAUUAUAAACGUAAAUAUGACACAUGUGACAAAAUUACUAAAAUUCAUUGGACAAAAACUAGUUCGGCGAAUAUUGCCUAUCUCGUAAUCAAAAUACCCGGCACUCAUGAACAUGGUUGACGAUGCCUUUCAACGACAUUUUACACUUCGUUGUAAGUUUUAAGUGCAAAGUUAAGGUUUAUUUUAUUGCCAGUAGAUGAUUUACUAAAUCUCCGAAGUCUUAACGCUUAUUCAUGAAUAAUUAUUGGCCUUUUUAGAAUUUUUCAUUGUUUUAACUCGAUUAUUUUUCAAUUAAUGAUUUCACGUGUAAAUAUUUUCUAUGCUUGUAUGAAAACAUGCAUCAACAUUUAUGUUAACUGAAAGUUAAUGCCCUUAUGUAUAUAAAUUUAAUUAUUGUUUUUGAGAUAGGUAAUUUUCGUUCAGUUGAAAAGCCUUAUUGGUAAAUAUUAUUAAGAUACGCCAUUUUCUUAAAUUGAUAUUUCAUAAUUUAAUUUUUCUAAAAUUGGGUAAUACAAUAAAGCCAAAUUUCGAACACAUAGUUUGUCAUAAAGGAGAAGAGUAUUG